AUGGAAGAAGAAUGUCCACAAAUCGUCAUUAUUGGAGGUAAUCAAAUAAAACAAAAUUAUUUUAAUAAUAUUCAUAUUUAUUUGUAUUUAGGUGGACCAGUUGGUUUAUUGACAGCUAUUCAAAUAAAAAUCCUUGUACCACAACUAAAUCUUGUUAUUUAUGAAAAACAUGUGGAAUAUCAACGUAAACAUGUUCUCCGUUUAAAUAAAGUUACCACGUUUUUUGGUUUUCCUUCUCAUCCAUUAUUAACAAAUCUCAUUGAUAAUUUACCAUCAGUUGUUCGAACAUCGGUUCUUGAAAGUCAAUUAUUAGAACUCGCAAAAAAAUUAAGAAUUCCUAUAAAAUAUGAAAAUAUAAUUAAUUUAGAUAAGUUUAUCAAUGCACAUAUGAUUAUUGGUGCUGAUGGUUCUCAUUCAACUGUUCGUCAACUUGUAUUUAAUAAUAAAAUGAAAGUUCAAGAUAUAUUAAAAUAUGUCAUAGAAAUUAAAUAUGAAGUUUAUGGUCACGGAGAAAAAUUAGAUUUUAUUAAAUAUCAAUAUCGAACACAAAAACAAUUCAAAUAUGUGAUUCAAGAACAUAUUGGAUCAGAAAAAGAUAAUCGAACACCAAUAACAAUACAUUUAUUAGUUGAUCAGCAUACUUAUGAACAAAUGAAAUUAGCAACUUUUAAACAACCGUAUUAUCUACAUACACAUCAACAUCUUAUACCUAAUGAUUUAUUAGAUACAAUAACAAUAUGGUUAAAUGUUAAAAAAGAAUAUGCUGAUGAAAAACGUGUUGAACAUUCAGAAAGAAUAACAUCUGUUGCUCUAAUGAUAUAUCAAUCGGCUGAAGUUGUACAUUAUCAACAAGAUAAACAACAAUAUAACACAUGUUUAGUAGGUGACGCCGCAUUUGGUGUACCUUUUUUUCGAUCAUUAAAUAAUGGAAUUAUAUGUAGUCGAAAAUUAGCAUCAUGUAUUCAAUUAUAUUAUGGAAAUGAGCCUGCACAAACAGAAGGCGGAAAUUUUCUCAAUAGUUUGAAAUUUGAAUGGACGAAACUAGUUAAUCAAGCACAUUGUUUAUUGAAUUCUAAUGAACCAUUAAAAGCAUACAGUCAAUUUGUUCAUUUAAUGGCAACAAAAGAAAUCAUGAUUGCACAAAAUAAAGCGAAUUUUUUAUUUGCGGCAGAUAUGAUGAAUAAAAUCAAUGGAAGUGUUCCAUGGCAACUCAAUAAAUGGUCAUCAGAAGAUGUAGAUCAUUUGAAAGAAACAAUAUAUAGUAAUAAUCAAUCGAGUAUAACAACAGACAAUCAAAUGGAUUCGAAUACAUGGGAAGAUGAAGAUUAUGAUCUUGUACAAGAAUUUGAUAUAAUAGAAUCGGAUUUGAGUAAUAACUUUCAACAAGAUUAA